GUCAAGAAUCGGCCCACCCACAUCGAGUGGGAAAACUGUAGCCCGGAUAAACUCUAUACUUUGGUUCUUACCGAUCCUGAUGCUCCCAGCAGGAAGAACCCCAAGUUCAGGGAAUGGCACCACUUUUUGGUGACCAACAUGAGAGGCAAUGAUAUCAGCAGUGCGCAUGUCUUGUCAGACUAUGUUGGAUCUGGUCCUCCCAAAGGAACGGGGCUCCAUCGCUACGUCUGGCUGGUUUAUGAGCAGCCGCAGCAGCUGAAUUGCAACGAGCCCAUCCUGAGCAACCGUUCGGGGGACAAACGUGGCAACUUCCAAGUGUUGGCCUUCCGCAAGAAAUACAAGCUGGGUCCCCCCACUGCGGGCACAUGUUACCAAGCCGAGUGGGAUGACUACGUGCCCAAACUCUACGAGCAGCUGUCUGGGAAAUAAAAUCUCGGCGCCCUGCCCCAGUUCCCCUUUCUUGGAAAAUCUCCCAUUAGGAUAAAUGGCUAGAACCGUAAAGAGUCCCUGGUUUACUCUGGACGCAUUGCUGAAAAUGAAUCCCACUGAAUCAGUAACAUGGCUGCCCUGGGAAUAGGGAAUUGCAUAAAUUGGAUUUCUUACAAUGUAGAUGUGUGGCAAAACCCAGGGCCUGUGCAGUGCUUGGCAUUCAUUUUGGACCUUGCUUUCAGAAUACACGGGAGCACAGCCCAGCCCCUGUGAUGCAUGAAAGCAGCUGCGUCUUUUCCCAGGAUCCCAUAGAUACAGUGGUGCGGCUGCACAUUUCAGGGAAUGUGGCUGUGGUAAUGGGCUGCUGAUAAGUCUUGGUGUUCCUGCAUGUUCCAAAGCAUCCUUUUUGAAUCCGAUUCAGAGCAUUGCACAGCCCUAAAAGUUCAUGGCUCUCUUUAAAGCCAAGGAAGUGGGGGAGGGUGACAUUUUAUUUGAUUCUCUGACUUCUCUCGACAUCCCCCUCUCGUGCUCACUUGUCCAGAUCCAUUAUUUUCCUUAAAUUGAUGUUAGGUUAGCAAUGUCAGCAUGAUGAGGAACAACACUGAGAUGGUAGGGGGAAUCUCUGUGACAGUGAUACUCCGUGAUUGACAUUUGCCUCUGUCCCAUCCAUUAAAACAGGAGAGCAGGGAGGCAGUUAAAAAACUUAACCAACUCUCUAACGAUCUGAAUAGGCCAAACUCGUUACUCUGAAUUUCCAGCAAAUAGUAAAAUGGAUAAAUAGAACUCUGUUGGAAGGGAGCGGCUGGCUUUGUGAACCAAAAUGCAAAACGGCUCUUUUGAAUCGGAGUCAGUGCAUUAUGGGCCCUGGGUUUAACGAGCAGUCUUCAUUAUUUUAAGUUUUUUACCUGCAGCUGAAUUAUAGGUUGCAUUGCUGAUUUAGAGAGGCUUCGGUCUCGAGAAUAGAAAACACCUUUUCUAUAACCCUCUUGACAUUAUCAGUGCAACGUGGCUGGUUGUGUGGGGGAAUUGCACCACCCCAUUGCAUGAAAUAGAGUCCACGUGCCAAGGAUUUUGUGCAGAAUGCCCUAACUUGCACUCUUGAGAGUCAGUGGAAUGACAACUUCCAGAAUUUCUAGCCAGCAUGGGAUUGCAGAUACGUGGGGAUGUCAUAAAAUUGGAAUAUAAAAAACCUCUUGCCAUAGGUUGAGGCCAAGUUGGUUUCCCUUGGUUUGCCACUACAAUCUUUUUGAAAUCUCGGCUUGCUGUGACUUUCCAUCAAAGAGGAACUGGGCUAUGGUUCCACAAUUUUCAUACCUGACCUUUAGUCUGUUUAGAUUUUGAUGAACUUAUUGGAUAUCAAAGUUCUCGUAACUGCCUUAGAAGGCCGUGGUUGUUCAAGUUGGAUUUCUGUCUUUCAGUCUCAUUUUGCAGAUAAUAUUUCUGGAUGUAAUUCUUCUUCCCUCUAAAUCGCUGUUAAAUAGGGCAUAGAGCAAGUCUUGGAUGUUCUCCGAUUUUCAUAUUUAGAAUACGGAUCCACCAGUGUUGUAGCUGUCUGUUGAAAGAGGGGUGUCUUUAUGGAUUUGCUUUGUUCUGAUGAAGAACGUUCAAUUAAAAAUGAGGCUUCCCUUCA